UCACAUGUUCACAGCAAACAGCAAUAUACAUCUUCAAUUUCUCCUUGACAAAUACUUGAGUUUAUCCUCUGUUUACUGCCGCUUUGCUGAAAUACAGCCAGCUACGCCGGGUGCCUUACUAAGGAGCUGCGUAAAGAGCGAUCAUGCUGUGGGGAAAUCCGUCAGCGUAAUGUCAAAGGCAGUAGGCAGCCGAGAGGCGGACCUGAAGGAGCCCAGGACAGCCAACUCCACAGCGUGUGAGCAAAAUGAAACAUGGAUGAGGAGGUCGCCGAAAGUUGGGAGGAAGCUGCUGAUAGUGGGGAAAUGGAAAAACGGCUAGAAGAGAAGCUAAGGAUCAGCCAGAAAGAAAAGUCCGGUUCUAGGGAGUCCAGUAAUAAUGAUCCACGAUCUCCUUUGAAGACAACCAUGGUGAUACAGGACGACUCUCAACCAGCAGCACCCCAACCUCAAAUACGCAUUUUGAAGCGGCCUACAAGUAACGGGUCACUGGGGUCACCCUUGAAUCAGAACAGGCCUACACCACAGGUCAAGUCUCUGGCCCAGCGUGAGGCAGAGUACGCCGAGGCCAGGAAGAGAAUACUGGGUAGCGCCUGCCCAGAGGAGACGCCUCAGGACAAGCCCAACACUGACAGGCCAGGGCGCAAUAACUCUACAUUGCCUUCAGAGGACACCCGAUCAAACAAUCACAGUGUCGGGCAGCCAGACGGCACCCAGGGGUUCCGACAGCACAGAUAAGUGGGCCCCGGGGCCACCCAGCAACUGGGUGGGAGAGAGAGAUAAAGGGCCGCCUGAGAGCAAAGACAGCAGUGUUUUCUUAAAACUUCCUUCCUUCAGUUCCAUUAUAUCGGAUGUGCCGCUCGCACAGCCGCACCGCUGCGUCCCCACUAGCAGUCGUUCAAAACUGACCAGGAGCGAGGAACUCCAGGAGGAAGUCAAAUGGAAAUGUGCUCUCUUUUCUCCCCACUGCAGUCUGUUUGACACUGUGAUUAUGGACAUCUUCUGGACUCACUGUGAUGAUCCCUUUAAGAAACGCCCCUCACCUCCAUCUCUCUCCUCCCUCAGUCCCCAGCAGCUCCGUCUCAGGACGGAAGCAAAGACUUACACAAAGGAUGGCAGAGAGAGAGAGGAGGAGUAGUGACGGGCCAUAUCAAAAUGAGAUGAGCUGGUUCUUGGGCAGCAGCUUCUCCCCAGCAAUAAUACCAGACAUCACUUCUCACACAUUUACAUACGUAUACGUUUCUAAUUUUUCAGAUGUUGGCUGACAAAAUGUUUAUCUUUUAUUUGUCUUGCUCGUCUUUAAUUGUCUAUACUAGGGAUGCUCUGAUAUCGAGUACAGAUAAAAGUACUUUAAAUUACACAUGCACCACCACGAACCGGUUCACAGUAUUUAGUAUUGAGAGAUAUUUUUAAACAAACAUAAUAUCGGCAGUUUUUAUGAAGUGGGAAACCUUUCUUUGGCAAUAAAAUAGUCUAAAGAAGCUACGGUUUGCUUUCUGUUAACAGUUUAAACACAGACACUUAAGGCCGCAGCUUGUGGUGUCAGAUCUCCCAGUAAACUCUAAUGCUGAGUACUUGACUGGUACCUGCCAGCUAGCUGAGCUGUUAGCAAUAUCACUGCACCCCUAAUAUGUAAACUGCUAUUUGUUUUUAAAAAUGGAGGGUAAGGCUCGUGUGUGUUGUGUAUCUGACAACUUCUGUUUUUGCUAUGUUUUUUGAUUUAAGCUUUUCAGCUGUCUUCCUUGUCACAUCAUUAUUUCUAUUUAAAAGUAAAAGCAAAAAAAGAGACAGUGAAAAGGAGAUUGUGGAUUGAAGUCCAUUUUUAAGUAGCUUUUCAGCCUUUUUGUAUGAGAUGGCAGAGCAGUAUUUUAAUCGAAAUGAACCAAAAUCCCAUUUUAAAAUCAACCUGUAAAUAUAUCAGUUAAUUCAGAUGUCACUAUGUGAGGGUGAUAUUAGCAGCAACUCAAAGGGAGAGGGUCAGAUGGGAAAUGAAUUUACUGCUGUACUUCACACGCCUCUCAUAUAUCCACCUCGUCAACGGUGUGCUCGUUUCUUCAUGUCCGUCACUGGCGUACAGUGCGUAGGAACUCAGGUGCAGGUGAACGAGACUGAAUGAAUGAAAUGAACUAAGAUUGUAUUUUUCCAGCGGUUGCUCGAACAGCAAAUGUCCGUAUUAAAGCUUGGGUUGGCACUUUGUUCGAAAUAAUGCUACAGAUUGUGCUGUACUGUUACAGAAAUGGUGUCCCAAGAUGAAUGAAUGAAUGCCAGUUUUUUCUUUCUUUUUGACUGCUUGCAUCUGGGUCACGAACGAAACCGUAACAUCACCCCCGUGUGAUUGUUCAGUAAUUGAUGGUCCACUGCUGAAAUGGAACGUGGAGACGCGGCUGUAUGUGAACCAGAGGGGUAGUAAUUACCUGGCUCAGCACAACCAUUGUGCCCAGUAGAUGUUAUUGGUUUUUCACCUUUUAUUUGUUCAAACAGAGAAGAGUUCUCAAUAAAGCCAUAUUCAGUGGUGCACAUCAUCAAUAGAGAAAUUAUUGUAAUGGUUGAAUUCAGCUUGUGCCUCCUGUAUCACAUCUUUACUUCCUGGUAAUCUUAUUACUGUAGUUCAAGAAACUGAAUAUAUCUGAGGGAGAAUUCACAAUACUGGUAAGAGGUUUUAGUUCAGGAAAUCUAGCUGCGGAGCAGGAGAUCGACGGGUUCCGCUAAGCUCUGAGUGAGAACACAAACUGCCUGUAAAUACUGAUUUAAUAAAAUGAUUUGCAAAAAA